UCAGUCGGUCAGUGAGUCGAUUUGGCUGGCUCGGAGACCAACUUCGACGCUGAGCACUAUCAGUGCAUCCUUGCCCAUCACCUCACGGACAACUCGCAGCGUCCGGGGGAACUGCGCCGCUCCCGCCUUGCCCGCCACUGGACGUUCAGUCGUGUAGAGGUACCCGUAGGCGGAGCUCAGCGCUCCGAAUGACGACAUGGUGCUGUCGAUGAACACUUCCUCCUCGAACGUGUCCCCUGGCUGGUCGCCUUGUAGCACGAUCACUCGCCCCACACUCCCCUCUGGCGACUGGCACGUGGCGACCGUGUGGCGGCCCCACACCGGCACCUCCCGCGUGGCUAGCUGCCUCUGCAGACAAGGGAGAAACAGAGAAGCGAAGAUUUCAGAGUUGCAAUACCACUCGUGUGUGCACGCAUCCACGAGUGGGCCGCUUCUGUGUGUGUGUUGGACCGACCAGUCUCUGUUUUGCCAUCAUCUUGGGAAUCAUGUCGAUGGUGGGGUCCAGGCUCAGGUCGAUGUUGAGGACCGGUAGGACGUUGUACGCGACCCGCGACACAACAGUAUUGUACGGGCCCGCCUUCUUCAUGCUGAACAAUGGCAGACAGACGGAGAGAAUGCAUUGUGUGUGUGUGCGUGUGCUCUCUCUCUCUCUCUCUCCUUGAAUAGUACGGUGUCGCGCACUGACUUGUACAUCUUGCCUGCAAAAGCAGAACGACCACACAACCAACCGGAUGGUCCCGCCCGUCCUCUGUUGCUUCGUUUCUCCCUCACACGCACUGGCCACUUACUCAUGUACUCACACACAGGGUUGUCGGGGUCGAAUGAGGCCCGGAAGGGGCUGUUGUACCGCAGCGACUCGAGCGUGCAGACGUUCAACCGCUCGCCGCCCAGCAGCUCCUGGCCGUCGCUCGUGCAAACGAGCUGCAUGUCGUUCGUCACGAGCUCGCAGAGCUGCCAAAAGAUGAGCGACAGCUGACGCAGCGCCGCACACCGCGAGUCGAACAGCGCCCGGCUGCCCACCCCCAUCACCGCACCCCACCGCAGCACCAUCUUGGGACCGUAGAAGCGGCCCUGGUGGCACGCCACCCUGCAGAUGGGCUUCCACUCGUCCCACUCGCCGCUGUUCUGGAUGACGUAGAGGAGGCGCAGCAGCAGGUCGGUGGAGGACGGCAGAUCCAGAUCGUAGUCGAUGAUGUCGUCGAUGCCCUUGGUGCGCAGCUCAGCGUCGAUGAGCGAUUUGAGGAUGGUGUCGGAGUACUGCUAAGCGGCGAGGCGGCAGGUGGAGCGCAUCGCUGCGAUGCUACUGGCGAGGCUGCCCCCGAGCAUGGGGAAGAGUUUGUCGCGCUCGUCAUCCUCGGUCAUGCCGAACACACCCGGCACCUGAAUUCACACACGUAACCAAGCAAGCAGCACUGUGAGGCAACCAACAUGCAGCCGUGUCCUCUAUGCGGCUGGCUGGUUGGUUGUGUGUACCGGUUCUACACGAUUGCCCCGUUCAGGCAGAGGCUUGGUCUCGACGUACACGAAACGCACCUGCACACACGGACAGACAGACAGACAGACAGACAGACAUGGGAUGAUUCCAUCCAUCCAUCCAUCCCCCCAACGCGCCCAACAGUGGAUGUGCCUCUCUCUCAAUGUGCACGCACCUGCUGGUCACGGGGCGAUGUGGUCGUCACGUGCGGAAUCACCACACAGAACUCCUCACCGCUGCCACUGCUAACCUCCUCCUUCAAGAACACCCUCGCCGCCCCGCUACUGGCCACCUCCCGCUUGUACACCUUCGCCUUCACCCAAGCCUCCUUCCGGUCCUCCUUCUUCUUGGCUGACACCAUCCACACCCGCGUGCCGAUCUGGUUGGAAGAAGCCGGGUAGAUGCGCGCGGUGCUUUGCGGCUGUGGCUGUGGCUGUGCCGCUGCAGCUGAUGCCGAUGAUAAUGACGACGACGCUAGGGCAGCGCCCACGAUCGAGUCAAAGAGCAGCCGGUCCGACAU